CGUUUCCAUUUGCUUCACUAGCGUUACUUUGGUGAGUCUACGAACUAUAAUUUGAUGUUUACAGAUGAAAACUUUUUCAGCUUUUCCCCAUUUAAAACAGUUCUUACCUCUACACUCAAUAUAAUAAAGCUGCCAUAUCAAUUAUUUUAUAUGAGCCGGCACUGUAGUUGUUUACGUGAAAAAAUUAACGUAAUUCAUUCGAAACUUAAAGGCGGGAACGUAAAAUAACUCAUUAUUAAUAUUGAAGCAAACAAAGAGCCUGGCAUAGAACGAUGAACUGAUUGAGCAAAAAACCGUGCGAUAAACAAACAAAAAUUAAAUACGCAAAAAACGGUUGGGAAUCCGAGUAACGUUUUUGAUUAUAAAUCAACCAAUUAAUGGUACAAACGCGCCUGUCUAUAGUUGUGUAUUUUUUAUGAUACGUCAAAUUUAUAGUGUCAAGUCAUGUGUAAGUAGCAAACAUUUUUUCAACUACAAUUAAGAUUUUAAUCGUUUUCGACAAUGAUGUGAAUUUUUUCAAGGGUAAAAUCAGUAUCAUCAAAAGUGUUUGAUUUCGUCAACAUGAACUCCCUUACAGGAAAGAUGAAAAAUAGAUACCAAGAUCCUGGAACAGCAAUUUUACAAUCUAUUGAUCCUAACAUAAAUAAUAAGCAGGAUGUCUCAGGGGAUAUAAAUUUAAUUUCUGAUCUACAGUCACUUAAUUUGACUUAUGAUAUCGAUGAUAAUGAUUCAAAAAGUAUUCUACUUCUUGAUGAUUGUGAAAAUUUGCAAAUAAAAUCUGAAGAAGAGUUCUUAAACAUUCUGAAUAUAAAACCAAAUGAAAAGGUUAAGGUUGUAUCAAUAUUUGGAAAUACAGGUGAAGGGAAAUCUUACACUAUGAACAAAAUAUUUUUUGAUGGUCAAGAAAUGUUCAAAACUUCAUCUUCACAAACUUCCUGUACUUUAGGAGUUUGGGCCAUGUAUAAUCCUGAACACAAGGUCAUCUGUUUGGAUACCGAAGGAUUUUUGGGUAUUUCAACGAAGGAACAGCAACGCACACGGCUAUUAUUAAAAGUAAUGGCAGUAUCGGAUAUAAUAAUAUACAGAACAAGAGCGGAGAGGCUUCAAAGAGACAUGUAUACAUUUCUGGGUAGUGCUUCAGAUGCAUACAAACAACAUUUUAGCGAAGCAUUAAAAAAAGCACUGGCAAAAGCAGAUUCUAGUUUUUCAGGUGCUAUUGGACCUGGAGUAAUUAUUUUCCAUGAAACAAGGCAUACUCAGACUUUGGAGCAUAGUGUAGAUUUGACACAGUCUCCAGAAGACAUAAUUCGACAAAAUUUUCAUGAUUUGAAUUUACCCUAUGACUCGUUUAGUUUUAUCAAAUAUAUUGGUAAUAGGACUAUAGGAGAAACAAAUUUCGAAAAUUUGAGAAUAGCUUUGCUAGAUAAAUUAGAAAGCACUGAAGUUAGAACGAAAAGGGAUGCUAAAUACAUUUAUCUAACGUUGAAAAGUUUAAAUGAGAAAUACCGAAACGAAAUUUCUAAUAAUAAUUCGCCACUUUACUUGCCCGCUUUUUUCACUUGUACAGACAAAUGUCAAUCUUGUAAAAGUAAUUGUAAUUUAUCUAUGGGCCAUAAAGAUGAAGGAAAUCCACAUCACAGCGAACAAGAGUGUAAAUUUCAGCAUCAAUAUCAGAAUCAAGUGUAUUUGUGUAAGAACUGCUACAAAAACGGGGAAAAAACUAUUGUAAAAGCUGGUUACCAAACCACUACCAAUAGUAAUUAUAUGUCUUGGUUAAAUUACGUUUGGUCCGGUUAUGUAAUAGAAUGUCCAAAGUGCGGUGAAAUAUAUAGGAGUAGAGAGCAUUGGUAUGGUAACAAAAACCCAGAAGAUGUAGCAGUCAGAUCAGAAGUGGUGCAUAUAUGGCCAGGGGAAUCUUUCUCAGAGUCCCAUAAUUCUGCACAGAAGGUGUUGGAUAGUGUAUCUUUGGUCACAGAUGUUAUAUCUAACGUAGGAUCUCAGCCAAAAAAAAUUGUGAGUAAUUGGGCUACCGAUAUUAUUGCCCCUAGUUAUUGGAGAUCCAACGAUGAGAUAGUGGAGUGUCAUAAGUGUAAAACUCCCUUCCUCCCUCACGAUAAAAAACAUCAUUGUCGCGCUUGCGGUGAAGGUUUUUGCGAAGCAUGUUCUUCCAAAAAACAACCAGUUCCUUCGCAUGGUUGGCUCGAGGACGUACGAGUUUGUGACGACUGCUAUACCGAUCAACCUCCUAGUUUGUCUAAUGUCGUAGAUUCCACUGAAAACCGAGCUCGACAGAUCGGAGAAACCGUCGUAAAAAUUGUUUCAGCAGUGACAUCCGUCUUAGAUAUACCGAAAGAAUACAUCAAAGAAUCUGCUAGACCUUCGUAUUGGACACCAGAUAGUGAAUGUAUCCACUGUUGGGUUUGUAAGAAACCAUUCGGUCCUUUAAGGUCGUUGCAUCAUUGUAGAGACUGUGGGAAAGGAGUGUGUAAUGAGUGUUCUCGUUCCAGAAAACCAGUUCCCAGGAGGAGAUGGGACAAUCCAGUAAGAGUUUGUAAUUAUUGUCGAUGAUUAGAACCAUCUAAGAAAGUUGAGCAUUUUUCAUUUUAGUUGUUUCUAGUGGAUAGGAAGGCGAAUUUUUGUUAUUUUUUUUAUCGUGAUUUUAUAGUUUGAAAAACUCUCUUAAUCUAGGACAAUAAAAUUGUAUAUUUAAAAAAAUAUUAUAAUUGAUGUAGUGACUUUGACUCUAAAUUAAUUCACACCAAUUGAAAGUACCUGAAUUAUGUGAAGUUAAUGCGCACUUCUUUUCCAAACAGUCAAGAGUUUUUUUAUUUGAGAGCAAAAAUAAAUUAUAAAUGUUUAUAUCGUACAUUUGAUUUUACUUUUAAUUAUUUGCAAACAUGUAAUAUAUAACAGUAUGCUCAUGUUGAUAUUGUUCGAAUUUUAAAAUAUGUCCGAUAUUUUUAUUAUUAAGGUAUUUAAAAUAAGGAAAAUAUUUUCACUGGCAUGAAUCAUACGUUUGGAUUGAUCUGUUCCCUAAACUGUUAAAUAUAUGGUUAAAA